AUGUACCGGCGGACCUUCGCCUUCCAGAUGCUGCGGGAGCAGCACCAACACUCAGAAGAGCCGCCACGGGCGCCAGAGCCCAGCCGGCCGGGGAGCGCGGGCGCGGCGCGCGGCCUGGCGGCAGUGCAGGGCCUGGGCGAGCGCGUGGCCACCUUCGUGCAGCGCGCCCGCGCGCUCGAGCAGCGCCACGCCGCCCUCCGCCGACAGGUCUACGCUUUCCGGUGCCUGGGCGACCUGGCAGCCCCCGAGGAGGCGCUUGCCCAGCAGGUAGAGGGCAACCGCCAGCGAGCCCGGGACCUGGCGGUGGAGCGCGGCCGGUUGAAGCGCCAGGGCGCCGAGGCGCAGCGCUCUCGGGACGAAUUCCGGUGCAAGUAUGAAAAUGAGUGUGAAUGUCAGCUGCUGCUGAAAGAAGUGCUCGAACGGCUGAACAAGGAAGCAGAUGAAGCCUUACUGUAUAACCUUCGCCUUCAAAUUGAAGCCCAGUUUCUGCAGGAGGACAUCAAUUUGGCAAAGGAUAGGUACAAAAAGAAUCUUCUGGAAAUGCAGACCUAUGUCAACCUCCUGCAACAGAUCACACAGAAGGCACCUCAAGCAUCAUACAUUCUUAGUGGGACAGCUGAGGACCCACUGCUGAUGGAACAGAGGGUUGCUGCUCUGCAGGGCCAGCUGGAGGAGAGCCGGGGCGCCCUCUCCCUCCUGCAGACACAGAGGUCCAGGCUUCAGGCUGAGACAGCGAGCCUGGAACAAGCUAUUAAAGAUGCUCAUGAGUGUUUUGAUGGAGAGAUCCAGCUUUACAAUGACCAGAUUGAAGCCCUGCGGAAGGAGAUUGAAGAGACUGAGAAGGUUUUGGAGCGGUCUUCAUAUGACUGCCGGCAGCUGGUGGUAGCCCAGCACACCUUGAAGAACGAACUGGACCGGUAUCAACGCAUCAUUGAGAAUGAAGGAAACAGGCUCAACUCCACCUUCAUGGAAACUUCCAUCGUCCUCCUCACUGAGUGCCCCAAGGCCUCCCUUAGCCUUCAUCCUGAUGGGAAAGAUCUCACCAGAGUUGUACAGGAUAUAACAACAGCAAAACCAAGACAAAAAAGCCCCCUCAAGAAUGUUCCAAAGAAAAAAGAGAUUAUAAUUAAAGAAAGAGCAGAUCAAACUCUAAAAGAUGCACCACCAAGCAGUCUGGAAGGCACCAAGCAGGUCCAGGUGAUGCUUCAAGAAGAAGAUGAAUCGAAGCUUGUCUCAAGGUUUGAGAAAACAAGCCCCCCAAUACAAGAAGGGUCUCCAGAGGACGUGCCUGAUGGAGGCCAGGUGAGCAAAGCCUUCAGAAAACUAUGCAAUAUGAUCAAGGAGCGAGUGAAAAGCCCCAAAGAGCCUGAGCCCCCAGCUGACCUCUUUACCAAAGGACGAUAUGUGCUGGUCACAGGGGAUGCCAGCUAUGUGGACCCUGACUUCUGUCCCUCUUCUAUCCAGCCCAAAGGUGGGGUGAUUGUUUCCAUUGAGGAAGACUCUAUGCAUCAGGACAGUGCUCUGGAGCCCACUCCUGAGGAGCCUAAGCCCCUUUUGGAGAACGGGCAGGGGCAUUCCCAGGGAAAGGAAGAUGGGCAGAAUGGUGACCAGCACCCCAGAGAUAAGCAGAAGGACACAAAUGCCAAAGAGCAGCAAGGACCUGGGGAGAUAAGUGACGAGAAGAGUAGAGGGCCCACGGAGCCACGUGAUGAACAGAAUGAGGGCCGCAAGGCUGGGGUGCCCUGUCAUGUCAUCGUUUCUGGUCCAGAAGAACCAUCAGCACCCCAACUGCAAAAACCUGGGACCAGCCAGGAUAAUUCUGAGGGGCGUGGGGCGAGGAGCAGUGGCUUGCUGGGGAAAAGCCCUCCUAAGGCACUGGCGUAUGAGAAGGUGGAAGUGGUAGAAUCCGUUGAGAAGUUUUCAUCAGAGAGCGUUCAGACAUAUGAAGAGACCGCCAUCAUUGUGGAGACUACAAUUGGAAAGUCAAAGGCAAACAAGAAAAAACUGGGAGAAAAAGGCUGUUAG